ACGUGAUGUAUUGAUUACGCCAGAUCGUGGUAGCGUUACGUACGUUACGAGGGAAGACGAUCUCUGAUAUUGGCAUGCUUGCUGUGGCAGGCUAUCGGACCAUUAUGAACUCCAAAAUAUUAUCACACUCCCUGUAAACUUUACCUCUAGCUCGCACAAUGAUGUUGACAAUUAGUUGGUGGCUAAUCUUAAUCUACGUAGCUCUACAACGUUGUAAUUCCAAUAUGUUAUUUAUUCUGGGCCUUUUAGACUGACACACAUGUAAGUGGGUUAGUUUUUACAACGCACUUCCAGUUUUGCCCUUUUGCUUGAGCAUUCAAUGUUUGCAUUGCACCUACAUUCAACUUUUUACAAAGAAUCUUGCAGAUGAUAAUUUGUGGUGCCAUAUGAUGUUUUCCUGUGUCAUCUAAUUGCUGUUCUCAUCAGCAGUCACAGGUGUUAUCUGUAGCAAGGAACUGGAAAUGUGAUAUUUACUUAAUUAGACCAGCAGUUGCAUUGACUAUUAAUUGUGGUCUUUUAGGGCUCAGCAUGAGUUUUAUUUGGCCUUCCUGAUAUUUUCUUCAACAGCAAUGAGUAUUGUCCAUGAAAGUAUUGAUCAAUGAUGUAUUUGUGUGAGUGCAACCUGUCUGUUGUAGUUAAUGUUUCAAAUGACACUUCAAUGCCCCAACUUCUUCAGUUGACAUCCCUGCCAUUUUUGUGAACACCCAGAGGCACUAUUCAUGAAAAGUGCUUCAUUAGGUGUUACAUCAUACUUUGUGGCCUGUGCUUACCUGUGGCUCACCUGGGAUACUGCUUCUGACCACUGACCUGCUGUCACCUUUCAGAGCAUCUCAUCUGAUGGGAUAAACAGAGUGAUGAAUAUUGUGAUGCAUCAUUCAGGCCAUGAUGCCCAACCAGUUGAGACCCAGUGUAGUGUGUGCAAAUACUCUGCCUCUAUUGGACUUACUCAAAUUGAAAACCAGGUGCAGUCUCUCAGGUCCAUUUAUCAAUAUGCCACUGUUCCUGACAUUUGUGCUUUUAUGGGCUUAUCUACAGUUAUGUUAAUAUGACAGAUUGUUUUGUCUUUUGGUUUGGCUGCUAGGACAUUUAGAUUUUGAUAUGAUUCCAGGUAUGUUUUAAUAACUUUCAAGCAAAGCAUUUAGGGCCUCACUCACAGUAUUCAGCAUUGACCCACAUGGUCUUGCAUUCUUCAGUCAAAUUAAAUAAAAGCCGUGCCUUGGCAUUGGUUGUCCAUGUGGUAGAGAUGGCUCAUAUGCAUGCAUACUGAAACAGUACUCAGUUGUUGAUAUGGCAGGAAGCUUUUGUUUAGCCUGUAAGUUGCUACAACAGCACCUCAUAUCAGCCACCUCUCAAAUGUCACUCCAUGGCAGGAAUCAGUGGACUGGUACACAACCCAUCUGUACUGGGCACUGGAAACCAUGGUGCCUGUGGACUGGAUCUGCCAGUGCUGUGAUCAGCUGCUGAGAUCGGCUGACCAGCUGAAGACGGCGCUUUCGGCGACGCUGCAGGAGCUCCGCGACCGCCACACUGGCUUGGAGGGGUCGACCGGCGCCUCUGUCGACCUGAUAUCGGCCGCCUUCAUGAAUGUUCGGCCCGAGCUGGUGACAAACGCCGCUGUCUCUUUGGAGCCGGCGAAGGACGUCUCGAGUCGCCCGCGCCCUGUGGCAAACGACUCACUUCGCUUGGAGGUCGUGGCGAGUGAUUCAGACCGCCCGGAGCUCGCCUCGAAUGACUGGGACCGCCUGGAACUCGGGGAAAGUGAUUCUGACCACCUGGAGCUUGGGGAAAGCGGUCCGGACCGCCUGGAACUUGGGGAAAGUGAUUCUGACCACCUGGAGCUUGGGGAAAGCGGUCCGGACCGCCUGGAGCUGGGGGAAAGCGCUCCAGACCACCUGGGACCUGAAGAAAGCGUUCCCGACCGCCUGGAACUUGGGGAAAGCGGUCCGGACCACUCGGAGCUUGGGGAAAGCGGUCCGGACUGUCUGGAGGUGGGGGAAAGCGGUCCAGACCACUCGGGACUUGGGGAAAGCGGUCCGAACCACCGGAAAUCGGUGACAGAUGAUGCGGUGCGACCGGACGGCGUCGGGGGCGACUCCACCUGUAUGGAACUGGUCACCGAUGUCGUGGAACUGAUGGCAGAUGACCCGGCCUGCCUGGAGCUGGUGAUGAGUGAUGCUGUCGUGCUGGAGCCGUGUUCUGCUGCGGUGGCCGACCCGGCCAGCGGCGCCCGUGAUUCAAGCCGGGCGGGCGCGCAUGGCCACGCGCAGGUGCACGCGGACCCGGAGCACUGCCGCUGCCCGCGCUGCGGGCGCACUUACGCCAACGCGUACGCGUACCGCCGGCACCGCGCCGCCUGCGUCGACGGCCAGAUGCCCACGUGCGCCGUCUGCGCCAAGGUGUUCACGGACGCGGCGUACCUGGCGCGGCAUCAGCUGAUCCACGUGCAGCUGCGGCGACACGAGAGGUCGGUGCACGCGCCGCGGCCGGCCGCCACGUGCGAGGUGUGCGGGCGCGGGUUUAAGCGCGCCGACCACCUGCGCGCGCACAUGGUGGUGCACUCGAGGGAGCGGCCGCACGUGUGCGGCGAGUGCGGCCGGGGUUUCACGCGUGCGGACACUCUGGCGGACCACGCGCGCCUGCACAGCGGCGAGCGGCCGUUCCGCUGCCGCCAGUGCGGAGCCGACUUCCGCGAGCACCGCGCGCUCGGCAGGCACGUGCGGCAGAAGCACGGCCCGGCGGCGGACGCGGUGGACGUCAAGGAGGAAUCUGAUGCGGCUUAG